AUCAAGUAGAAGUUAAAUGCAUUAUAUGUUCACUUACUACAAGUAGAAAGCCAAAGGCAAUUUUUUUUUGACUUCAUCACUGUUGCAGAAGGAUUGGCUGUAAGAUGGAGCUGCCUGGCCUUGCUUUUGCUGUUUUGAUGUUUAUUUGCUUCCAUGUAUCUGUGGAUGGAUAUCCAAAUGGGAAAGUAAGAGAAGCCUGCACUAGCAUGGUGCCCUGUCAUGGUAGCUCUCCAAAACUGUCACCUGAGCAUGUCAUUACAGUUAAUAAGACUGAAUUUAAACCUGGGGACAGUGUAGAAGUUCAGCUAUCUGGUCCAGAUUUUGAAGGAUUUUUCAUACAAGCUCGAGAUGCAGAAGACUUGGAUAGCCCUGCAGUUGGUUCUUUUGUAUUAGUUGACCGGAGACGUUCUCAGCUUCUAACAUGUGGCCAUACCAUGAAUUCAGCUGUCAGUCACACAAGUAAAGCAAAAAAGAAAGUUGUAAAAGUUUAUUGGAUUGCUCCUGGAGAUGCACCAAAACGUGUGCGAUUUCUAGCCACAGUUGUGAAGAAAUACAAGAUUUUCUGGGUGAAGAUUCCUGGUCCUGUUGUUUCUCAGCCUAAUGCACCAUUCUCAACAACACCCUUGUACACGGCAUCAGAGGCUGUAUCAACUUCACAUUCAGUUUCCUACUUAACAAAGCCUUUUAAUGCAUCAGGUUGUGGAAAUACAAAGUUCUGCCUUAGGAACCCUUCAAACUGUGAUCCUGAGAGUUCUUCCUGCUUUUUCCUAUCCUUCCAUCAAGAGAGGAGAUCAGUACUUAUUGAAAUGAGUGGUCCCAGUGAAGGAUAUUUAGCAUUUGCACUGUCCUAUGACCGAUGGAUGGGUGAUGAUGAUGCAUAUCUGUGUAUUAAUGAGGACCACCAUGUUAGUGUAAGCACUGCUUACCUGAAGGGACGAAGUCCUCCUGUUCUGGAUUCAAAGAAUGCUCUUGAAGAUGUGUCAUGGAGGCUUGUGGAUGGUGUUCUUCAGUGUUCUUUUAGAAGGAAUAUUAGCCUCCCUACAUAUAAGGGGAGGUUUAACAUGAAUGCCAGUUACUACAUCUUUCUGGCAGAUGGGGAAGCUAGUGAAGGUGGUCCAAUAUAUAAACAUCAUCGUCAGCCUCUGAUCACCAAUGGAAUGUACAAUGUCACAGGCAUUCCUCAGGAUAUUGGAGGUUCCCGGUCCCCAAGACUUAUCAAGGCUCAUGGUGCACUGAUGUUUGUUGCUUGGAUAAGUACAGUUAGUAUUGGUGUUGUUGUUGCACGAUUCUUCAAGCCUGUCUGGUCUCAUUCGUUCCUAUUUGGAAAAGAGCUAUGGUUUCAGGUGCAUCGUAUGCUUAUGUUGACCACCGUUAUGCUUACCAGCAUUUCUUUUGUAUUGCCUUUUAUAUACCGAGGUGGUUGGAGCAAACAAGCAGGUUUUCAUCCGUAUCUUGGCUGUACUGUGAUGGCUCUGACAAUCUUUCAACCUCUUAUGGCAGGUUUCAGACCAUCUCCUCAUGCACCAAGGAGGCAAUUGUUUAACUGGUUUCAUUGGAGUAUUGGUACAACUGCUAGAAUACUAGCUGUGGUUACUAUGUUCUUGGGAAUGGAUCUGCCUGCACUUGACCUACCAGACCCAUGGGGCACCUAUACAAUGAUUGGUUUUGUAGCUUGGCAUGUUGGUACUGAUGUUCUUCUGGAGAUACACAGCUACUGUCUCAUACGUAAAGUUGAACUGAUAGAGGAUGACAGAGUACAGAUAUUGCAGUCACUCACAUCUGCAGAAGCAGAAGGUAACCUGUUUAAACAGAUUGUGUUAACCAUUUAUGUCUGUGGAAAUAUAAUAUUCCUCAUUGCCUUCCUGGCAGCAAUCAAACAAGUAUGAAAUAAGAAAUUGAGAACUUUGCAUUGAAGUGCCAUGCAGCUGAAUAACACGCAAGGAAUACUUCCUAUUAUGUUUCCCGUCAACACAUCCUUGAAGAUGUGGUUGAAGAGCAAUAGCAUGUGUAAAAGGGAGAACAAUUCAAAUCAAUAGAAUGCUGGAAUCCUGCAAAAGCUGUCUUCAGGUGUUAUUUUUAAUGGGAAUCUUUGCCUGAGUAAGGAAAGAAGUGUUUUUUAUAAGUAUAAUAAUUUAUGUGGUUAGAGUUUAAAGGCUAAGAAGAGUGAGAAGGUGCACUGAAAUUACUGUUUUGAUAGUCACAGUUUCCUAAACCUUUUGGGAAUAUUACUGGGAAAACUGUAAAGUGUGAUCCCAAUUCUGUGUUCUAAUGACAUGGUUUGACAAUCUCCUGCUUGUGACAAUUUUGUCCCACAUAAAGAAAAAAAACUUACUGAAAAAAACUGUCACAAAUGCUUGAGCUAAACAUUGUUUAUCUUUGCAGUUUAAUGCAAAAAUUAUUCUCUGCUCUAAGAGCAGUGCACAUAUACAGAGGCUUGGGAACUUCAGUUCUUUAGUAAGAUCAUCAUUUUCAUCACUCAAAAUACUGUUUUGUUCUCUCAGUGCUUCCAAGCUAUAACAAGGAAAGCAUGUUUGCAAAUGUACAUUAAAACCUAGUUCUGCUUAUCCAAAACUCAAACAGGAAAAACCCCUAUCCAUGUGCAUGUACUUGUUCUGCUGUCUCUGGUCACUUGUUGCUUCUGAAUUGCUGUUCUGUACGAAUAAGAUGGGGCUCACGCAACUUCAUUCUUAAAGUUAAGUGAAAGUAUUUGCUCAGUUAUAUUGCAGUUACAUUUGCUCUAUUGAAUGCACUGCUGAAAUAGUGAUUAGGAGUUGAAUUGACUUGAGGAAAAUGCAUCUCCUUUUAGUGUAAAUGAGCAUUCUUUGAACUGCUAUGUCUGACAUUUUCUUACUUUCAUAGAUGCUUUUUUAGUCAGUAACUAAUUUAUCUUAAUAAUAUGGUAUGGGGAAUGGAGGGAGACUAUUCUCAACUUCUUCGGUUUCUGGCUUGCUUAGAUAUUGAGAGUCACUUUUUAACUGAAAUCUCAUAAAUUAACCCUUAUUAUACUAAUUAUAGUAUGCAGUACAAUGUUUUGCUUUUUUUUUUUAAUUGGUUGUAAAAUUUCAAAGUAUACCUCUACCAAAGGGUUGUUAACCUAGCUAAGAAUAAAGGUGUUGACAAAUA